ACCCCAGUCUGCCAGACAGGAGGAUGAGCGACCCGGUUAAAAGCGUCGCUUCUAGUACUGCAUCAGCGGUUCCAGUAGGGCCCCCUGCCCCGGGAUCUGACACUUACAAAGGCUGGCUUUUCAAAUGGACAAACUACAUAAAGGGGUACCAGCGCCGCUGGUUCGUUCUAAGCAACGGCCUGCUAUCAUAUUACAGGACGCAGGCUGAGAUGGCGCACACUUGUCGAGGCACCAUUAACCUGGCCAUGGCUCACAUCGACACGGAGGACUCGUGCAACAUCGUACUGACCAGCGGGGGCCGCUCCUACCACCUGAAGGCAAGUUCGGAGGUGGAGAGGCAGAGAUGGAUCACCGCCCUGGAGUUAGCAAAGGCAAAAGCCAUUGGAAUGAUGCACGAGCAGUCAGAUGACUCAGGGGACGAGGAGUCCACCUCUCAGUCAGAUAAGAGUGAGAUCCACAGCACCCUGAAAACCCUCUCCAGCAAGCUCGAGGAUCUGAGCACCUGCAACGACCUCAUCGGCAAGCAUGGGGCAGCCCUGCAGAGAUCCCUGAGCGAGCUGGAGAGCCUGAAGAUCCCUACCGAGAGCGGAGACAAGAUCAAAACAGUCCACGAGAGAGCCACCCUUUUCAGGAUCACCUCUAAUGCUAUGGUCAAUGCAUGCCGUGAUUUCCUGGAGCUAGCAGAGACCCACAGUCGGAAAUGGCAGCGAGCACUGCAGUAUGAGCGUGAGCAGAGGAUCCGUCUAGAGGAGACCAUCGAGCAACUAGCCAAGCAGCACAACAGCCUGGAGCGAGCCUGCAGGCAAGCGCCUGCUCUGACCAACACCCCAGCCGUAUCCAGCACUGCCACAGGGUGUGCGCAACCUUUGAAAGGGGAAGCGAGUGACGAAGAUGAAGAGACUGAGUAUUUUGAUGCCAUGGAGGAUGCGCCAGCUUUCAUCACAGUAGCAGCGGACCACAAACAGCACAGACAUUCAGGGAGCAAUCAAAACGAGGCCAGUGGAGGACAGCCCAAUGAUUGGAACCUGGAGGAUCAUGUGUUAGACUUUCAGCACCUGGCUGGGUGUAACGAUUCAGCUGGGAGGGAAGUCAUGCCGAGGAAGAAGAGGCGGACCCGCAUCCCUGACAAGCCCAACUACAGCCUGAACCUGUGGAGCAUCAUGAAGAACUGCAUCGGCAAGGAGCUCUCCAAGAUCCCCAUGCCAGUGAAUUUCAAUGAGCCGCUGUCCAUGCUUCAGAGGCUGACAGAAGACCUGGAGUACCAUGACUUGCUGGACAAAGCUGCCAAGUGUGAGAGCAGCAUGGAGCAGAUGUGCUACGUGGCUGCAUUCUCUGUGUCCUCCUACUCCACCACGGUGCACCGCACAGCCAAGCCCUUCAACCCCCUGCUGGGGGAGACCUACGAGCUGGACCGGCUGGAGGAGCAGGGCUACCGCUCCCUGUGUGAGCAGGUGAGCCACCACCCGCCCGCGGCAGCACACCACGUGUACUCAAAGAGAGGCUGGACGCUGCGACAGGAGAUCACCAUCGCCAGCAAGUUCCGUGGGAAAUACCUCUCCAUCAUGCCACUGGGUGCUAUUCAUUUGCAGUUCCACUCCAGCGGAAACCAUUAUGUUUGGAGGAAAGUCACCUCUACCGUGCACAACAUCAUUGUGGGCAAGCUCUGGAUCGAUCAGUCGGGGGAUAUAGACGUAGUUAAUCAUAAAACCAAGGAAACCUGCCAGCUCAAGUUCUCGCCCUACAGCUAUUUCUCCAGGGACGUCGCCAGAAAGGUAACAGGCGUGGUGAUGGACAGAGAUUCGAAGGCUCACUACAUCCUCUCAGGCACGUGGGAUGAUAAGCUGGAGUAUUCGAAAAUCGUGCAGAGCAGCCGAGGGAACAGCGGCUCCGAGGGCAAGCAAAAGACAGUGUACCAGACCCUGCCGUCCAAACUGCUCUGGGAGAAAUACCCACUCCCGGAGAAUGCUGAGAACAUGUACCACUUCUCGGAGCUGGCUCUCACCCUGAACGAGCCCGAGGAGGGGGUGUGUCCAACGGACAGCCGGUGGCGGCCGGACCAGCGGCUCAUGGAGAGUGGGCGCUGGGACGAAGCCAACGUGGAGAAGCAGCGUCUGGAGGAGAAGCAGAGAGCCGUGCGGCGCCGGAGAGAGGCAGAGGCUGUGGAGGCUCAGGAUGAUGGUAAAGAAUACGAAGGCUAUCAGCCACUAUGGUUUGAGAAGAAGGUGGACCCCGUAUCUCGGGAGACUGCUUUCGUAUAUAAGGGGGGUUACUGGGAGGCAAAAGAGAAAAAGGAUUGGAAGAAGUGCCCUGAUAUAUUCUGAGGAAACACGGAGACUGAUGGACCUCGAAAACCUCUAUUUCAGCAAUAGAAAAGAGAAAAAGAGUGAGGAAAUAUAUAUAUAUAUAUAUAUAUAUAU